AUGGCGUUGACUAUCACUUUGAAAGCCCGUGGAAAGAGGCGAAUAAUUGAGAGUCCUUCCCCUGAACUGGCCUCUUUGUCGUCUGGCUCGGAACCUCCUCACCCGACAAAGAGAGCUCGACGCGCAGAAACUAGGCCAUGUCCCGUCUGCAAUGAGCAGAUCCCGCUGCGGCUGCUCCCUAUGCAUGCCCAGCUAGAGUCAGAGAGGGUCGAAGAGGUCGUCAAGAGAGUGGGCUCGUUGGAUGUGGCAUAUGAAGACCUGGUGGAUGAGCCAGGGCCAAGUUCGCGAGCUCGUCGGUCCGCUAUCAAGGCCCGUAAAUCAAUGACCACAACCCGCACCCACGACUCUUUGGAUGAAUCGACCAGAACGAUUCAAAGUGUGAAACGCCGUCGAAAGCGGCGCAAUGCCAAGCUGAAGGACAUGUUAAAAGAAGAGGAAGAGGGACACAGCUCCAGAACAUCGUGGCUUCGACGCUUUACAGGGGAAGAAAUCAACUGUCCUGUCUGCAAUGCAGUCGUCAGAGGCGAUCAGGACGUGAUUGACGCGCAUGUUGAUGCAUGUCUAGCUCACGAGAGCUCGAGAUUGGAAGAAGCACGUCAACGGGAAGCUUUGCAUCAGAGUGCGCUGGAUGAGGAGAACUGGAAUAACCCAGACGACAACGGAGGAUAUGUGGGAGACAUACGAGGCGCUGGAUUCUAUAGACGUGCGGACGACGAAUGCGUGGACGAAGAUAUAGACAUAGAUGGAGACGAUCAAGCUGUCUUUGGCGAAGUACAAUUUACAGAGAGUGAUAUCGUUCCAGUGCAACGACCUCAAGAAGACAUUGACGAAGAUGUUGAUAUUGAAAUUGAAGCCACUGACGAUGUUGAGCCUCUUGCAAGUGUACAGACGUCGUCGCAACGUCAAAUACCUGGACAAACAGACGAAACUGCUUCGCCUCGCUUGGAUGUUACUGGCAUGACUGAAUUAACUAAAUCCGAGCUCGCCGUUCUAUCUGCUCGACAACGCAGAGAUAAAGCCGCUUUGGUCGUAGCUCUAGAAAACAAGAUAAGGCUAAUGGUCAGUCAUACUAUCACUUUGGCCCUGUCAUUCUCUGAACUCCAAAAUCCUUCGCGCAGGAAUCCACCGCUUCACCGCCGGGUGCUCUGCUAUGCAGAAUUUGUAUAG